UCUCUCCCCGCAGUGAAUCCCUGUUGCUAUUUCCCCUGCCAGCACCAAGGGGUGUGCAUGAGGGUCGGCCUGGGAGGAUACGAGUGCGACUGCACGCGCACGGGAUACUUCGGGGCCAACUGCACCUCCCCCGAGUUCUGGACGCGCCUCCACGACCUGCUGAAGCCCAGUCCUGCCUUCUUCCACUUCAUCCUGACCCACUUCAGGUGGUUUUGGGAUAUUAUCAACAGCACCUUCAUCAGGGACACGCUUAUGAGGCUCGUGCUCACAGUUCGUGCCAAUCUCAUCCCCAGCCCCCCCACCUUCAACUCUGACUAUGGCUACAUCACGUGGGAGGCCUACGCCAAUGUCAGCUAUUACACCCGUGUCCUCCCGCCCGUGCCGGACAACUGCCCAACGCCCAUGGGGACCAAAGGGAAGAAGCAGCUCCCCGACCCCCAGCUCCUGGCGGAGAGGUUCCUGUUGCGGCAGAAGUUUGAAGCCGAUCCCCAAGGCACCAACCUGAUGUUUGCCUUCUUCGCCCAGCAUUUCACCCACCAGUUCUUCAAGACGUCCGGGAAGAUGGGACGUGGCUUCACCAAGGCGCUGGCGCAUGGGGUGGACCUCGGGCACUUGUACGGGGACAACCUGCAGCGGCAGCACCAGCUGCGACUCUUCAGAGACGGGAAGCUGAAAUUCCAGGUGGUGGAUGGAGAGGUGUACCCCCCCAUGGUCACCGAUGCUCCGGUCCACAUGGUCUACCCGUCUGCCGUCCCCAAGGAGAAGCAGCUGGCGAUGGGGCAGGAGGUGUUUGGGCUGUUGCCGGGACUCUGCAUGUAUGCCACGCUCUGGCUGCGCGAGCACAACCGUGUCUGCGACAUACUGAAACGGGAGCAUCCCACCUGGAGCGACGAGCAGCUCUUCCAGACAGCUCGUCUCAUCCUCAUCGGGGAGACCAUUAAGAUUGUCAUCGAAGACUACGUCCAGCAUCUCAGUGGGUACUUCCUCAGCCUCAAGUUCGACCCCGAGCUGCUGUUUGGGACGCAGUUCCAGUACCGGAAUCGCAUCGCGGUGGAGUUCAACCAGCUCUAUCACUGGCACGGUCUGAUGCCCGACUCCUUCGUCAUCCAGGGGGAAGAGUACAACUACGAGCAGUUCCUCUACAACACCUCCAUGCUCAUGGACUAUGGCGUGGAGGCGCUGGUGGAGUCCUUUUCCAAGCAGACUGCAGGAAGGAUCGGUGGGGGACAAACCAUCAAUGCUAACAUCUUGAAAGUGGCCGUUGGGGUCAUCCAGGAAUCCCGGCAGCUGAGGCUACAGCCGAAGAGGUUUGGCAUGAAGCCCUACAAGUCCUUUCAGGAGCUAACAGGAGAGGAAGAGAAGGCGGCAGAGCUGGAAGAGCUGUAUGGAGACAUUGAUGCUCUGGAGUUUUAUCUGGGCUUGCUGCUUGAGAAACCCCAACCCAAUGGUAUUUUUGGAGAAAGCAUGGUGGAGAUCGGAGCUCCGUUUUCCCUGAAGGGGCUUCUUGGAAACCCCAUCUGCUCCCCAGAGUACUGGAAACCCAGUACAUUCGGUGGAGCAACUGGCUUUGAGAUAGUUAAGACAGCAUCACUCAAGAAACUCGUGUGCCUCAAUGUGAAGAAGUGCCCGUACGUGGCGUUUCAUGUGCCGGAUGCUGCGGAAAAUGGCAGCCCUCGGGCUGGUGGACCAUCUACUGAGCUGUAG